AUGGCAAAACAGGAUGCGGCCGAAGUGGAAGCCAUUGAGCGCGAUAAUGCCACUUUUUCCGUGUUUGAGACGCUCAUGACACCCGAGAAAAUAGCACAAGUAGCUAUCGUUGGAAGUACUGUCCACUUAGCUGUCUCGAAGUUUAUGCAGAGCGAGGAAGAUACGAUUUUGUUCCAGGACAUUUUGACUACAGCUGUGGCAAUUUUGGUCGGGUUAGGAGUCUCGUAUCGCACUAGAAUUGUCAACAACGGCAUUCACGAUUCGUUGCUGGUGCGAAAAGCCGACAUUUUGCCGGACUUCAAUACUCUGUACUUGCUGUACCUGCCUACUUUCCUUUCACUGCUUUUUGCACGGCAGUUCACAAUUUUGAACCUGGUAAUGACGUUUAAUUAUGCCGAUAUGGCUCCGUACAUGCGACUUCCAAUUCAGACGGUUUUGGUUCUGUUUAAUGGCCAGAUCUACGACGACAGGUUCACGUAUAUUAAGGCUCUGGGUCUCAACUGUAUCUUGGCAUUCGUUCUUGAGAAAGUGAGCCAACUGAAAAGCUUCGAUCGUGUGGAAUGUAACCUGUUCAGCAUACUCCUGACAAACGUGCUGUUCCUGAUAGAUUCUCCUACCAUUCAUUUUCAAGUUUUGCAGAAUGUGCUGAGGGGGUUUGUAGUUGCUGUCGCGGUCAAUUAUCCCCUAAUAAAGCUGACGUCGCGGUGCAACAAGUAUCUCAGGUCCGCCCUUCUUCUCUCGACUUUCGUUUGUGUUUUACCACUCACAGUGAUGUACAUUUUUGAGAUCGACGGCCAAAAUCCAGCGGUUUGGCUUUACUACUAUAUUUCUUCGUCCUCGGUCAGAAUCAAAAUUACAUUCAGCUGGUUGAUUGGGCUAUUAUUUUUGAUUCCAAAUAUCAUGGUCUUCAAGUCCAAUUUUUCCCUGGAUUCCUCUCGCAAAAUUUGGCAUUUCAUCGUCCUGAUUUUGGUAGUUCCACCACUCAAACAAGAUCCUGAAUUUGUUAAGAUUGCCCUGGCUGGUACCAUUGUUUCUUUCUUGGCAGUUGAGUAUUUGAGAUAUUUGAAACUGGCGCCCUUUGGGGAAUACUUUGACUCCAAGUUGAGAUCAUUCGCCGAUUUUCGCGAUGAUCGUGGCCCAAUAAUCAUAUCUUAUAUCUACCUGGUCAUCGGCGUGGCGUCUCCCAUCCUCAUCAACGACUCAUUGGUUGGUGUCAUAAGUUUAGGAGUCGGGGACUCCUUAGCAUCUAUUGUUGGUAAUAGAUGGGGGCGUCACAGAUGGCCGGGAACUAACAAAACUUACGAGGGAACAUCGGCGUUUGUUGUCGCUACCGCUGCAUGCAGUCUGUCAUUUAAGUUCUUCUUGGGAGAAUUUAAAGAUGUUUCUUUCACUAAGCUGAUGUCGAUAUGUUUAUUCUCUGGGCUUUUGGAGGGCAACAGUGUGCUCAAUGAUAAUAUACUGGUCCCUUCAUUCAUGCUCCUAAUUCGCGAGAUCUUCAAAUAG